UCUAUUUACCGUUAACAACAAAAGUUGAAAGUCCACCUCUGUCUACAAAAAGCAUAAUUUAUUAUGUGAAGCUAUAUUGUAAGCAAAGGUUUGAGUACUGGAUAUUAAAAGAUUGAACUGCAUCACAAGAGCUUCUAAUAAUGGAUAAAAGGAAAAGAACUUUUGUUAUAGGUGUUGGAACCACAAAAUUUGAACGGCCACUGACCAAAAACUGGGACUAUCAUGACAUGGGAAGAGAGGCUGGUAAAGCAGCAUUAGAGGAUGCAAAGAUUCCAUAUUCUAAGAUUCAAGCAGUUGUGGCAAGUUAUUGUUAUGGGGAACCAACAUGUGGACAGAGAGCUGCUUAUGAACUUGGACUGAGUGGGGUACCAGUGUUCAAUGUAAAUAACAAUUGUUCCUCAGGUUCUAGUGCCCUGAUGUUGGCAAGGAGAAUGGUUCAAAGUGGCAUCGAGGACUGUGUCAUGGCUUUAGGCUUUGAAAAAAUGGAGAAAGGACUUUCUGAAAGAUAUCCAGAGAAGGAAUCCCCUGUCAAACGUCACAUGGAUCACAUGGUCAACAUUGGAGCAGAACCUGGUCUGAUUCAACCAAGAAUGAAUGCAAUGACAUCAGACGUUGUCAAAUUGUAUGCUUAUGCUGCAAGAGAGUAUUUGGAAAAGUAUCCAGAAGCCAAUAUUGAUGACUUAGUUAACAUUUCAUAUAAAAAUCAUAAACAAAGUGUAAACAAUCCUAAAGCCAGUAUUUCUAAAGAAAUAUCUCAUUCCGACAUAAAAGAUAAGUUAAUGUUAUGUCAUCCAAUCACAUUUUGGAUGUCUGCUCCUGUUGCCGACGGUGGGGCAUGUGUUAUUGUUUGUAGCGAAGACUUUGUCAUACGUCAUGCUCUACAAAGAAAAGCUGUAGAAAUCGUCUCACAGCACUUAGUUACUGACAUGCCAUCAUCAUUUGAAAAAAGUUACAUUGAUUUGUCAGGGUACCAAAUGGCGAAAGAAGCAGCGAGGAAAUGUUUUCAAGAGUCUGGUCUCACUCCUGACAACGUAAAUGUUGUUGAAGUUCAUGACUGUUUCUCUUGUAAUGAAAUGUUAAUGUAUGAGGCUUUAGGACUUGCCAAAGAAGGUACAGGUUAUCAGUUGAUUAGAAACAGUGAAUGGCGUAAAAAUAAACAAGGUGGAGAAAUGUGUUAUUUGAACAAUAAAUGGGUUGUCAACCCUUCAGGAGGACUAGAGUCAAAAGGUCAUCCAAUAGGUGCUACAGGUUUAGCCCAGUGUGCUGAAUUAGUCUGGCAGUUGAGAGGGCAAGCUGGUAAACGUCAAGUCGAGGAUGCUAAAAUUGGGUUACAACAUAACUUUGGUAUCGGUGGAGCUGCAGUUGUUACAUUAUAUAAAAAAUAUGGCAUCCAACAAGCUAAAUUGUAGAACAACACAAUACCAAGGGGCAAGCUCUCAUAAAAUUUUGAAAACAGACAAAAUGGUAGAACAACAGUGGGUUUAUAUAAGGGCCAGCAUCCUACAAUUUAAAAGAACAGACAAAUCAAAAUAUGUUUGAUUGACACUUGAAUCCAAAAAUGUAUAUAUACGGUAAUCUAGUACGGGUGAUAAUUUUUAUCCUAAUAAUAGUAUUUUAAUUAUGAUACAUGUGAUUUUCUGAUUUAUAAAGACCACCCGCUUAGGAAUAUUAAGAUAGAACUUGACAGAUUUCUCAUAAUUUGUAUUAAAACAGAAACAUAUACCAGUAAUUGAAAUAUUAUUUCAUAACUUUUUGUAUGCUAUAUAUAAACAGAAUACAAGUAAGGGCUAUUCCAUUAAAAUGUAUGUGGGAGGGUAGGAAGGGAAGUUUAAUUAUUGAAUGUGGGUCAUGGGUCUUUUUUCAGUAUGUGUCUAUUACCAUUAUGCAAAUUAUCUAAAAAAUGGUUCUAGGUUGUAGGGAUAUUUUGAAAGUCCAUUCCUACCCUCCCACAUACAUUUUAAUGGAAUAGCUGUAAAAUAUGGAAGACUAAAUUAUUAUAUUAACAACAAUGAUCAUGUCAUUUUGUGUUAAAAUUAUAUGCAUUGAAAGUGUAGUUAUCAUUCUAAAUAUAACAGUUUUCAUUAAAUAAUUAGUUCACUGAAAUAAUUGGAUUUAUGCAUUUUUUUAACACAAGAAUGAAUAUAUAUUUGUUUUUUAUCUAAAAAUUUUAAAAUGCAAAGUUAUAAUUUACUGUUAAAUUAUUUUAUGUAUUUUUAUCUUUAAUUUGUUAUUGAUUUGAAAAAUAUGUUAAAUUAAUGUACACAAAUAUGUGCACUUGGCAGAUUUGACCUGUGAAUACACCUUAGUUUUAGAGUUGAUAAAAAAUAAGAAGGUAUGAUUGCCAAUGAGACAAUUGUUUCCCUUAAAAAAUAUCAAUUAUUCAAGCAGGUGAAAUAUUUCAUUUUUUCAAUCAAGGAUUUUUAUAGUAAAUUACUAUACAAAUCCUUCUUUCAACUUUUGUUACUGAUUUAAAAAUUGCAAGUUACUGUAGAAUUUGUUAUAACAAUAUGUUAUUAUCAUCAUUAUUGUUUUAAUUAAUAAUUUAAAUACCUUAGGCAUAAUCAGAAUGAUCUGUUUAAAAAUUAGAAUAGUCAAUGUUUAGUUUUGAUUGAAGGUUUUAUUAUUCAGUAUUCCUAAGAUUUGUAAAAUUGUUGCCAUUCCAGAGAAUAAACAGAUAAUGUGAGUUGAA